UGCAUGCAGUAAAAAGUAUCCAUCAGUUUUGACAGAUAUUAUUCUUAUCUAUCGCUUGAAUUGAAUAUAACAUUUUUUUUCCUUCAUAAAUUAGUAUCCCAAUUCUCUAGUGGAGUAAGUUCUAAAAAAAGUCCUCAAAAGUAAACUAGUGUUGAAAGUGGAAGAGAAAAAGGAAAGCAAGUUCGUUCAACGAAUCUGCAUUGGAAUUUGGAUCUGAAAUUGAAGAAAGAAAUGGCACGUGCAGGAGGAAUAACAAACGCAGUAAACGUUGGAAUCGCUGUUCAAGCUGAUUGGGAGAAUCGUGAAUUCAUUUCUCACAUUUCUCUCAAUGUUCGUCGCCUCUUCGAUUUCCUUGUCCAAUUCGAGGCUACAACAAAGAGCAAGUUAGCAUCAUUGAAUGAAAAGCUUGAUGUAUUGGAGCGUCGUUUGGAACUCCUUGAAGUUCAAGUUGGAAAUGCAUCGGCGAAUCCUUCACUUUUUGCAACUUGAUGUGUAGUCAAAUCAUUUAUUACACACCUUUCAUGAGGUAGAUAGGAAAGAGAUGGAAGACGAGUUAGAGAUUGAAUUAGUACAAGUGCAUAGUUAAUUAUGUUUUCUUUUCCUAUAGUUUUAUUGUUGAUGUUAAACAUUAUUAUUCUUAUUGUUGAUGUUGAACAUUACUAUUAUUCUUAUUGUUUUGGUGGUGGUUGCUUCA